GUGGCACUGGUGGGGCUGGGAGCGGCCCCGGCUGCGGGCGAGGAGCUCUCGGAAGUCUUCCAGCACAUGUUUAAGGGCGAGUGUCACUUCACAAACGGCACGGAGAAGGUGACGUAUGUGGAGAGGUUAAUCUACAACCGCGUGGAUUUCCUGAAGUUCGACAGCGACGUGGGGGACUACGUGGGGUUCACCCCCUGGGGGGAGAGGAAUGCCCGGUAUUGGAACAACCUGCCGGAAUGGAUGGAGAGCAGACGGGCUUUGGUGGACACAGCCUGCCGGCGAAACUACGGGGUGUUCACCCGGUUCCUCGUGGAUCGCAGAGGUGAGCGCGGGGCCGAGCGCGUCCCCUCGGGCUCUGCCCCGCCAAUGACCCCGGAGCCCCUCAAAACCUCCCUGGGAAUCGCCCCAGAGCCCUCAGCCCUCCUUGUGGCCCUUCUCCAUCCCCAGUGAC